GUCGACGUGCGCGGGCUCCAUGUGCGGCUUUAGGCGCCUCCCCGUCCGCGCAGAGUCCAUUAUAAUGCACGCUGGCCGCCUUUUAAGCACAAACCGAAUUUGCUCUCAUUUAGGCCCAUCUAGAUCCCUAAAUAGGUUAAAGAAGCCAGAGAGGUGUGUGCGUGUGUGUGUGUGUGCGUGUUUUCACCACGCCUCUCAUUGUUCCUGGAAGUGCACCAUAGUUGUAUUUAUUGUGUCAAAUAUCAGCGGUGAGCGAUGCUCUCCCACGCCGACCUCCUGGAUGCUCGCCUCGGUGAGUUGUCCUCGCCCGGCUCGGCUCUUCAACUCUGCUGGAUGAAGGACGCUGCGGAGCUCCUGGGCCACAGGGAGGCUUUAAAGUGCCGGCUGGGUGCAGGCGGACCGGACCCGGGUCACACCGGGGAGCUGGGCCCGGGCCACGACAGCGCGGAGGGGGCCACGCUGCUCCCGGGUGAGGACAUCAGCUCCGGCGGCGGAGGUGGAGGCUCCAACCCGGGGCAGGGGACCGGCAGUAAGGAACAGGAGAAGCAGCAGAAUGGAGGUGGCGGCGGCGGCAACCAUCAGUCCGGUGCGGGAGGCCAGCAGGCCCAGAAGCAGAAGCGGCACCGGACUCGCUUCACGCCGGCUCAGCUCAACGAACUGGAGCGGAGCUUCGCCAAGACCCAUUACCCGGACAUCUUCAUGCGGGAGGAGCUGGCGCUGAGGGUCGGACUGACGGAGUCCAGAGUGCAGGUGUGGUUUCAGAACCGCCGCGCCAAGUGGAAGAAGCGCAAGAAGACCAGCAACGUGUUCCGGGCCCCGGGGACCCUCCUGCCGACGCACCACCACGGCCUGCCGCAGUUCCCCUCCGCGGCGGCGGCGGCUGCGGCGGCCAUGGGCGACAGCCUGUGCUCCUUCCACGCCAACGACGGCCGCUGGGCCACGGCGGGCAUGGCCGGGGUGUCCCAGCUGCAGCUGCAGGCCCGCCAGCCCUCCAUGGCGCAGUCCUUGUCCCACUGCAGCCUGGGCGGCGGCCCGCCUCCGCCGGCCUCCAUGGGGCUGUCCAACAUGUCGUCCAACGGCGCCGGGCUGCAGUCGCACCUGUACCAGCCCACCUUCCCCGGCAUGGUGUCCGCCUCGCUGCCCGGCCCGACCAACGUCGGCGGCUCGCCGCAGCUGUGCACGUCCCCGGAGAGCGACGUGUGGCGGGGGAGCAGCAUCGCCUCGCUGCGCCGCAAAGCCCUGGAGCACACAGUCUCCAUGAGCUUCACCUAAUGACGACAUGAUUAUUUAUUCCUCGCGGCGGAGUAAUCGCAGACGUGACGAAGCACGACGCUCAACUUUAUUUCCCCGACAUCUAUUUAUCGGUCUAGUUCCGUUCCUUGGUCUGCGCGCGCAGCUCUGACGCCAUUGUGGCGGGAGUCCUCUCCGAGUGUCUUCAGCAUGGAGAAAAUACAAGACUGUAAAAAUGCUGACUGCGCUCAAUCACGGGGGAAACUCUUGAAUAAUUACAACAACAAAAAAAGAAGACGAUUCUAAUCUGUACAAAAUAUUUUGUGGUCACUUUUACGUGUUUAUUAUGAGCCAUUUUUUUGUUUCAUGUUUAUGAUUCAAGUAAUAAAACAACAAAAAUUAUCUCAUUUUAAAUCCGUUCUCCAAAUUUCUUACGGAUUGCUCGGUUUUAUUAUUAUUAUAUAUAUAUAUUUUUUUUAAACAUUUUUUUAUUAUUAUUAUUUUUACUGGGGCGGUGGCAGUAACUUGAGGGUUCCUGGUUCGAUCCCCGCUUCUGCCAUCCUAGUCCCUGCCGUUGUGUCCUUGGGCAAGACACUUUACCCACACUAGUUUAAAUGUAACUUAUAUAUUGGGUUUCACUAUGAGUCACUAGAGAAAAAGCGCCAUAUAAAUAUAAUUCACUUCACUGUUGCAAUAACGUUUAUCCAUCUUUAGAUAUUUAAUUAUAUUAGUUUUGUGCACAUUAAAUUAAAAAAAAUUCGAUCGUGUAUUGUUUAAAAAAACGAAGGCAUUCAUAGAGAUGUGAAGUUAUUCCAUUUUGAACAUUUAAUUUAAUCUUAUUAGCGUUUAUUCGUCUUUAAAAUCUGCAGUUGUAUUAAUUUUAUUCACAAUGAAAAUCGAUAUUGCGUAAUUUUUGUUUUACUUUGAAGCAAACCAUUUUUAAAAGAACAC